AUGGCUUCUUCCAGCACUCUCUUGUCAGAGAUGCAGUUUCAGUGUUGCAUCUGUCAGGAUGUUUUUUCUGAGCCGGUCUCAAUCCCCUGUGGUCACAGCUUCUGCUUCACCUGCAUCACAUCAUACUGGGACCACAGCCUUUCCAUCAGCUGUCCAAAAUGUCAGACGGUCUUCGAGGGCCGCCCAGAGCUUUGUGAAAACUCUUUUGCCAAGGAGAUGUCUGAGCAGAUCCGAGCAAGAAAGCAAAACGGCACGACAUCAGUGCCAGUAAAAUCUAUACAUUGUGAUGUGUGUGUUGGGAAGCAAACAAAAGCCCUGAAGUCCUGCCUUGUGUGUCUGACUUCGUACUGUGAGAGUCACCUGGAGCCUCACCUGAGAGUUGCAACCUUGAAGAUUCACAAACUGAUAGAACCUGUGGCCUUGCUGGAGAACCGGAUGUGUAAAAAGCACCAACGGCUCCUGGAGCUGUUCUGCAGGAGUGACCAGAGGUAUGUGUGUGUCUUGUGCACCGAGACCGACCACCGCUGUCACGACAUCGUCCCAGUAGAGCGAGAGAGUCAACAGAGGAAGGCUCAGAUGAAAAGGACCGAGGCUCACGUUCAGCAGAUGAUCCAGGAAAGACUGCAGAAAGUGGAGGAAAUUGAACAUUCUGUGGAGCUCAGCAAAGAGAACUCAAAGAGAGACAUAAUGGAAAGCAUGAAGAUCUUCUCCGCUCUGUUUCGUUCCCUGGAGAGAACUCAGGCUGAGCUUGUGGAGACGAUCCAGAGGAAGCAGGCAGCAGCAGAGCAGAGAGCGGAGAGGCUCAUCACAGAGCUGCAGCUGGAAAUCACUGAGCUGGAGAGGAGAAGAAGUGAGAUGGAGCAGCUUUCUCACACUGACGACCACCUCCAUCUUCUGCAGAGGUUUCCAGCCCUGAGUUCUCCUUCAACCACUAAGGCCUGCUCUGACAUCAUCGUCCAUUCAGACACGUGUUUGGGAACUGCAAGGAGAGCACUGGCCAACAUUGAGCAGCAGCUGCAAUCAGCAUUGAAAAAGCUUUCCAUGCAAGAGCAAGAAAAGAUGCAGCAAUAUGCAGUUGAUGUUCAUCUGGACCCCAGGACAGCCAACACAUGGCUAGUCCUGUCUGAUGGUGGGAGAAAAGUCUGGGAUGGAGAUGUUGAACAGAACCUGGUGGACCUGCCUGAACGUUUUGACACGGCACCAUGUGUGCUGGCCACCAGGGGUUUCACCACAGGGAGGCACUACUGGGAGGUGGACGUGGGAGACAAGACAGCGUGGGACCUGGGUGUGGCCAGAGAGUCAGUCAACAGGAAGGGUUUGGUCACACUGAGCCCAGAGGACGGUUAUUGGACUAUUUGUUUGAGGAAGGGCAGUGAGUACCGGGCAUGUGCGGGACAGGCAGAGCUGCUGUGUCUCUCUCAGGGGCCACAAGUUAUUGGGGUGUUUUUGGAUUAUGAAGACGGGACAGUGUCCUUCUACAAUGCAGAAGACAAAUCACACAUCUAUUCCUUCCCACAGUUCCAAUUCACUGAGGCCAUGUUUCCCUUUUUUAACCCAGAAAUGAGCGACAGUGGCAGGAACACAUCACCACUCAUCAUCCGCCCUGUCAGUGGAGGUGAUUUAGAUGAUAUUACAAUAUGAUGUGAAAUGUCUCGUCAUUGUCAGAUUUGUAUCUCAUGGUAUUUUGUUUUUUAUCAGGUACACUGCGUGAAACUGUUUACUGUGUUGACAUGAAAACAUUUUUAACAGUACACUGUCUGUAAACUGAAUGAAUCAGUUAUGAUUAUAAAGUAGACAUGAUCAUCAAAAGCACAACUUUUUUUCUAAUAAAAUAUCUAAAUAUGAUUUGGAACUUCAGUAGCAAGAACUGGUUUGGUUUAUUCUGCCAACAAUCAUCAC